CUGGUCCGCUACCCACGUGGGGGCUCAGCGUGCACCGUUCUUUGUACUCGGGUUAGGAGGAGCUGUGCUGCGUCCGGACCAGUGCAGAUACUGGGUUGCUCUUUUGCUCGUAAGAGGGGCUCCGCUGGCAGUCUGAACGGCAAGCUUGAGUCAGGAUCCUUAAGAUCCUCAGUUAGUUGGAGGGCAGAUCUCGCGAGUAGGGUACAAGGCACUGUGAAAUGAUCUUUUUACGUGGGUGAGGGGCUGAACGGCCUAUGAUGUACCGAGGCUGGGAAAGGAUUUAGAAAUAACAUGGUUUGAAAAGCCGGACCUGGUGCGGGGACGCUCUAGGGAGGAGUCUUCUCCCCAGUUUUAGCUGGUUUCAUUUCUUUGCGUCUGUAGGCAACGCGGUAAAAAUACUCCUUCGGUGGGCGACGCAGUACAGGUGCUUCCGAAGGGCGUUCGUUACGGGAAUGCCGAAGCGUGGGAAAAAGGGAGCGGUGGCAGAAGACGGGGAAGAGCUCAAGACGGAGCCAGAGGCCAAGAAGAGUAAGACGGCCGCAAAGAAAAACGACAAAGAGGCAGCAGGAGAGGGCCCAGCCCUGUAUGAGGACCCCCCAGAUCAGAAAACCUCACCCAGUGGCAAACCUGCCACACUCAAGAUCUGUUCUUGGAAUGUGGAUGGGCUUCGAGCCUGGAUUAAGAAGAAAGGGUUAGAUUGGGUAAAGGAAGAAGCCCCAGAUAUACUGUGCCUUCAAGAGACCAAAUGUUCAGAGAACAAACUACCAGCUGAACUUCAAGAGCUGCCUGGACUCCCUCAUCAAUACUGGUCAGCUCCCUCUGAUAAGGAAGGGUACAGUGGCGUGGGCCUACUUUCCCGCCAGUGCCCACUCAAAGUUUCUUAUGGCAUAGGUGAGGAGGAGCAUGAUCAGGAAGGCCGAGUGAUUGUGGCUGAAUUUGACUCAUUUGUGCUGGUAACAGCAUAUGUACCUAAUGCAGGCCGGGGCCUGGUAAGACUGGAGUAUCGGCAGCGCUGGGAUGAAGCCUUUCGCAAGUUCCUGAAGGGCUUGGCUUCCCGAAAGCCCCUUGUGCUAUGUGGAGACCUCAAUGUAGCGCAUGAAGAAAUUGACCUCCGCAACCCCAAGGGAAACAAAAAGAAUGCUGGCUUCACGCCACAAGAGCGCCAAGGCUUUGGGGAAUUACUGCAGGCUGUGCCACUGGCUGACAGCUUUAGGCACCUCUACCCCAACACAGCCUAUGCCUACACCUUUUGGACUUACAUGAUGAAUGCUCGAUCCAAGAAUGUUGGUUGGCGCCUUGAUUAUUUUUUGUUGUCCCACUCUCUGUUACCUGCAUUGUGUGACAGUAAGAUCCGUUCCAAGGCUCUCGGCAGUGAUCACUGUCCUAUCACCCUAUAUCUAGCACUGUGACACCACCCCUAAAUCACUUGGAGCCUGGGAAAUAAGCCCCCUAAACUACCAUUCCUUCUUUAAACACUCUGAAAUCUGCUUUGUAUUUCUCAUCUAUAAAAAUAGGAAUCCUCCAACCAGGCUCCUGUAGCAGACUUAGAUUUCUUUUAAGCUCAAGAUUUUUUUGAGGGUUUCUUUAAAAAAAAAAAAAAAAAUGAGCAAAGCCUGCUAGUGACUUUUUGAAUUAUCCACAUAAAAAUAAAAAGCCAUAGUUUCAUCCUUGCUGUCUUUGUGUCUUACCCCUUCGUGGGGCUACACAUUCCCUUUCUCCUUAUAUUUUCAUGCAUACAAGUUAACAACUGAAAAAGGGUAGAGUCAUGACCUUAUUUAUUUACAAGCACAUGAUAAGUCCCUAACCUCCCCAAACAUAGAGCAACCCUACCCAGCCCAGUUAAAUACUGCAACUGGGGGG